GCCCCGAGCCCGCUUCUCUGGAGCGGGAAGAGCGCGGUGGAGCCGGCGCCUGACCGUGUCUGCCGUCAGACCUGGUCCGCGACUCCUGAGACUGAAAUAUAUUAACUGCUCAAUAAAAUGGCCUUACUGAAUGAAUGAACCCUGAAUUAUUUGAACCAAGGAUGAUAUGAAAGACAGUAAUAGCUCCCCCAAAGAUGUCCAUGUCCUAAUCCCUGGAACCUGGACAAUGCUGAAAGGAAUGAAAAGGCUUAUCUCAAGGGUCCAUAAGUUGGACCCCGGACAUUUUUUGCACACAGGGGUCCAGACACCCCAAAGCCUUGCUGCUCACCUAGAUAACCAGGUUCCAAUUAAGACUCCCAGAGCUAUUGCCCGCACCAGUGAAAAUGACCCGGCCAAGCAUGGGGAGCAGCAUGAGGGUCAGCACUACAGCAUCCCCCUCCAGGACCUGAAGACGGUGCUGCCCCAUGGCCUGCCGCCUCGCUUUGUAAUGCAGGUGAAGACAUUCAAUGAAGCUUGCCUGAUGGUAAGGAAACCAGCCCUAGAGCUCCUACAUUACCUGAAAAACACUAAUUUUGCUCAUCCAGCUGUACGAUAUGUUCUCUAUGGGGAGAAGGGAACGGGAAAGACCCUCAGUCUUUGCCAUGCUAUUCAUUUCUGUGCAAAACAGGACUGGCUAAUACUGCAUAUUCCAGAUGCUCAUCUUUGGGUGAAAAACUGCCGGGAUCUUCUGCAAUCUACCUACAACAAAGAGCGCCUUGAUCAACCCUUGGAGGCUUCAAUCUGGCUAAAGAAUUUCAAAACUGCAAAUGAGCGUUUUUUGAGUGAGAUAAAAGUUCAAGAGAAGUAUGUCUGGAAUAAGCGAGAAAGCACGGAGCAAGGCAGUCCUCUGGGAGUAGUAGUUGAACAGGGCAUAACGCGGGUGAAGAAUGCCACUGAUGCAGUUGGGAUUGUGCUGAAAGAGCUAAAGAGGCAAAGUUCUUUGGGUAUUUUUCACCUCCUGGUGGCAGUGGAUGGAGUCAAUGCUCUCUGGGGAAGAACCACACUGAAAAGAGAAGAUAAAAGCCCAAUCGCCCCAGAGGAACUAGCACUUGUUUACAACCUGAGGAAAAUGGUGAAGAAUGACUGGCAUGGAGGCGCCAUUGUGUUGACUUUGAGCCAGACUGGGUCUCUCUUUAAGCCUCGGAAGGCCUUUCUGCCCCAGGAGUUGCUGGGAAAGGAAGGAUUUGAUGUCCUGGACCCCUUUAUUCCCAUCCUGGUUUCCAACUAUAACCCAAAGGAAUUUGAAAGUUGUAUUCAGUAUUAUUUGGAGAAUAGUUGGCUUCAACAUGAGAAAGCUCACACAGAAGAAGGGAAAAAGGAGCUGCAGUUCCUAAGUAAUGCAAAUCCUGGGCAGCUGGAGCAUCUUUGUGCCUACCUGUAAGCCAUGGUCACUGCGUGCACGGAAGACAAGGGACAUGUCCUUUAUCGGACCCAGUCAGAUGGGGAGCCCCCGAGACCACAAGAAGGGCAGCCCGAGCCCCUGUACUCACAAGGUCGGACGGGACUGUGGGCGACCCCCAACCUUGAUGAAAUGGGAUCUUUGUGAAGUGACUGCAAUGGCAAAAAGAUAUCCUCUUAUGCCUGAAGCUAAUAUACAUUUAUUAGAUGUGAUUUUCACAUUUUAAGUAAUUAUGGAUCUUUUCCUUAGAAAAUUAAAAAGUAUCUUUAUUAAAGUAUUGUAUUAGAUUUAUAAGCUGGAAAGAGCCUUCAGAUUGGCUAAAUUGAAUUUCUCUGGUGUUAUGCUUGUUCAGACUAAAUUCUACAGAAAUUUCCAGUAUUUUCCAGACUUUAUUUCUAUUUUCCAGACUUUCUUCAAUUCAGGCACUUGAGAUCCACAGCUUAACUUCUCCCUCCCAGCUGCUUACCAUUCACUUCCCAUUUACACUUUUAUCAGUGGUCCCUGAGAACCCUACUGAAACUUGUCAGCUUUCUAUGCUACAGCCCCUUUUCUAGGUUCCUGAUUAAGUAUAAACCCCUACAACAAAAAUGAAUCAAUGAACUUACCAUUAAUGCAUAUAGAGCAAGUACUAUCUAUGUACCAUCUUUGGGAGAUUUGGGAAAAUAGUGACUCAAAAGUCAGUUUCAGUAGAGUUUAAUUCUGCCCCCCUACUCAGGUUGUUGGUAUAGAACUGGAAGUUUGGUCCCAGGUCUGCCACUUAGCUGUUUUAGGGUUUCCUAUUUCCUUCUCUAAAUUCACACCUUAUCUAAUAAUGCCACUUCCAGGAGUUUUGUGUGAAUUAAAUCACAUAAUUAAGGUGGAGUGACCCACACACAGCAGGUACCCAUUAAAUGGUAGGUAGCUAGCAUUUACAACUUGGAUUUUAUAAUGCUUUAUUUGAAAAAUUACUGUGAGGGAGACAGUCUCUGAAAGUAUAUCAGCGUUUUUCACUGAAGAGCCAGCUUCCCCAUCCCCCGCCUAGUCCCAUCAGUUUAGCUACAUGAUGUUCUAGCAUCUAAUUCAAAGAUAAGAGCCUUACAGAGACUCCUACACCAGCUCCCACAAUUAGAAAGCUCAAAUCCAUAUAGUAAAUCCCUUUUAAUAUGGUUCUGCCUCUGUAAUUGAACCCUGAUGGAUACACCUCCCAAAGGAUAGUUAAGCCUUUGGAUUGAACUCACUUCCCCUCUCCAUGCUUCAGUCCCAGCCCUUCUCAGCCCUGCAGUGUGAGUUCUGAUGAUCACUUGCUAAUUUGUUUCUCUGCCCCGCUACCCCUCCGGGCUCCUCCCUCCAGACACUCUCCCCUAGGGCUGCCUAAGUGAGCCCUCCAAACACAGCCUGGCAUGCAGUUCCCUUGGGAACAUUCAGUGGCUUUUCAGUGUGCCUUUAUUCUAAUUAUUUUUGCCAUGUGCGUGCCUCCAAGUUCAAAUCAUAAAAAAACAUAUGGAAAAUCAGGCUCCUUUCUUUCCCCUUCCCUUCCCUUUUCUAGAGACAACUUCUGUUACCGAAUUCUAGAGAGAGAAUUCUACACAAAAGAAUAUGCUUUUUAAACACAAAAGUGUACUUUUCUAUACCUUCGUGUUUGCACCUAUCUUGGAUAUUUUAUCUAUUAGGAUUAGUUCUUGUUAAUCGAGUGCUUGCUCUAAGUCAUUUAAAAAGAAAAGGAAUUAAGUAGCACAUAGAACCUGCAAGAGGGACAUUGUCACAAGCUCAGCAGCCCCACAUCAUCCUAACAACCUGGGAGAAGGCUGCUGUGAUAAAGUCACCCGCGCUCCUGUGAACACCAAGGCUGCCAACUACGCUAGUGACGUGCCUAGACCGCAGGAACUCGACAAAGUAAGACACUGUUGUUUUCACUUUUACCAGAGGAUGUUUACUCGCAGAACCUGCAUCUGAUUGGCAGGCCUGAUCCUUAGCUGCAAAUGAGGCUAGGAAACUGGCUUCCAUCUUUGAAAGGCUAACUCACAAUCCAUAUGCCUCAUUCUCUUUAAUGAAUGUGGAAUAGUAAGCUAUAUGGCCGUGCCAUCGUAUAUGUACAAAGUCACUACUAAAGAAUUACCUCAUUACUUCUGUAA